AUCAAUCGACGAACAAAACAUCUCCAGGUCGGGCAAUGGUUGGAGGAUUCCAGGGAUCCGUCACUUGGAGAUCCCGCCCCCGGCUUCUCCCCGGCUGCCAGAGACGGAACGGAACCAAGCUCCGGCAGGCUGCUGGGUAGGCGGUGGCGCUCAGAUUCCACAUGAAAAUGUUUGAGAGCAUUGACUGUGCAGCCACAAGAUCUGGCCCGGAUCUUUGGGCUGAAAUCUCUUCCCAUCUGCCAAAUCCUGACCAAGAGGAUGGCACCAACAAUGCCUUCUCAGACUCCUUUAUGGAUUCUUACUCUGCAGGCGCAGGCCAUACGGAGGCCCCAGACUUCGCUGUUCAGCCAGCUGUAAAGCCCUGGGCUCCCUUGCAGGAUUCAGAAGUGUAUUUAGCAUCUCUAGAGAAGAAAUUGAGAAGAAUCAAAGGUUUCAAUCAGGAAGUGACUUCUAAGGACAUGCUUCGAACCCUGGCCCAAGCCAAGAAGGAAUGUUGGGAUAGAUUCCUCCAGGAGAAGUUAGCGUCAGAGUUCUUUGUGGAUGGACUUGAUUCUGAUGAGAGCACCUUGGAACAUUUUAAGAGAUGGCUGCAGCCAGAUAAAGUAGCCAUCAGUACAGAGGAGGUCCAGUAUCUGAUUCCUCCAGAGUCGCAGGUUGAGAAACCAGGAGCCCAGGACAAGCCAGCUGCAGUGGAACAGUAAAUUACACACUCACAUGCCAAGCGGCUGUCUUGGGUCCAGGGGAACAGCGGAAAGCGUGGCGGCUAGGGAGGGGAUAAACCAGACUUCCACUCCACAAAGCCAACAGCCAUGGGCCCCUGAGGACUUACUUGGGGCUGGCAUGUGUGACUGUCUAGGACAAAGUGACUGACCCAGUGCAUGUGGAUUGAAUCCUGUUUCCUCCACGUUUCACGCCUUGCCUGGGCUCUGUUGCUGCUGGGGAGAAGUCUGCUAAGAAUCUCAUGAAGAACCAAGUGUGAAAGGAUUUGGAGAAACGGAUGCCCUUGUGUAUAAUGUACAAGUUAGGGGAGCCAUACUUUUUCUUGCCUCUUCUGGAUGUUCCCAUCUGUGUCCCAAGCAUUCCCUCAGCAAAUUGUCAGGGGUGAGCAGGGUCAAGGAGCGUGAACUCUGCCUCCUUGAAUCCAAGCCCCAUGUGGGGCUUCUCUAACAAGUCGGUAAUAAAUACAGGGACUUAAGGAAAAAGAA